AUGCCCUAUGCAAGGCCCACGGUGUCCAGCCGGCGGCGUUCACGCACCCCGUCGGCGGGUCCCCGCCGCGGCUCACCGCCACCAACCGCCGAGGGCGCACCGACGCAGGCGGCGAGGUCGGGGGUCCCGCCGCGUCUGCAGGUGCGCAGCCGCGUGGGCGGCGACUCCUACCACGUGGCGAAGAAGGCCCGCAAGGAGUCACGAACUGUGCACCCUGGGCACGACGAGGAGGAGGUGCGGCUGUCGCAGGAGCUUACCUCGCACUGCGACGCCGUGGUGCAGCGCGUGCACGCCCUGCUGGACAAGACACAGGCGCAGGAGGAGUACGUCAACCGGGCCCUGAAGGAGAGUCUGGGGCGGUCCCCGCCGCGACCCUCGAGUGCCUCACCGAAGGGGGAGGCGGUGGACAGCCUUUCUCCACAGCCGUCGUCGACAGGAAGGACCCCGCGCGAGAGCGCAACGCGCUGGUCCGGCAUGUUUGGCACACCAAAGGCCCCACUGGCGCCGCCGCCAACGCCCGCACGCCCCGAUUCCUCCGCCGCCGGGUGGCUGAGCAAACUGCUCGGAAGGUCUCCUGAGGCUCAGCCAACGCCCACGUCGAAAAGUGUGACGCCGCCGUUGCAUCAGUCAACCUCGCCGCGUCCUGCCGAUGCCACAAGCGUCAGUCCCACACGCGCGGCUCCUGCCGAGCAGGGUUCCCUGCUACAGCGCGCCAUACAGCGCCUCUCCGGACGCCUUUCGUCGCCUCCUCCAGAAGAAGCGACGCCGCAGCGUUCACGGAAGUCCGUCGUGUUUAAGCGUGCCGCUGAACUGGAGACCCUGACGCCGCCGAGGCCGACACGGAGAGCGCUGGAGACCCAGGGGGACUCUGAGCCGGAACCGCGGAGCUCGCUGCUGUACCCCCCGGCGCCGCCUCCGUCCCUACAGAAGGAGGUCGCCCGCCGCAGCUCAAGCGGCACCCCGCCCUCCGUGGACGGGGCAAAGCAACUCCUGCUGGGGCCUGACGUGACAGACGUGGCUGGCGUCAUCCGGAGUUCUUCACACUCUCGUGCGUUCCGUCAGCUAACCAAGGCGGACCUUGUGGCCUACGCCAAGCUGCACCACGUUGCUCUGGCGAUGUCAAGCACGAAGAAGGAGUUGUUCGAGGUGGCGCGCCGCCUGGCGAAAGGCCAGGCAGGGGGGACCCAAUAA